UAUCGUACCGAUUUUCGCUCUCUGCCUUCCAUCUUCCCCACGCCACGCCCUCUUUUUCUCACUUCCCUUCCCCUCCCUAUUUACUUGGUCUACACAUACACGCUAUUUAAUCCCCUCUCUACAAAUUUCAUCUUGAUCUUGCUAUUGCACUCAAUAUAUUACGCAUCCAAGCUUUCUUUGCUUCCUGUUCGGAUUAAAUAGUUAGAUUCUUCGUCCUUCGGUUUUAUUUUAUUCCAUUUCAUUUCACCCCUUUUCUUUCUGAAUUAGCUUCCUAGUUUGUUGCAUUUUGCGCUGGUUAUUUCCGGUGAUGCUAUUUAGCAUUGCGGUUUGGUUUAGGGUUGGAAAUUGGGUCGCCGUUUGCGGUUCCCAAUAGACAGAUGUUAGGUUGCACUGAGAUUGGAAAUUUCCUCGGUUCGUGCGGUUUUUGUUGUUUGGGUAAAAAGUGAAGGCCUUUAAAUUUCUGGUGUUGUGAUUUGAUUAUACGGGGCUUGUUUGUCGAAGAUAUGGCAUUGGAUGAAGGAGUGAAAUUAUUUGGUGGUGUGAAUUUUGAUGAUCGAUGUUCAACGGAGGAAUUUCUCCGUGCUGGUGGAAAAUAUUCGAUGGAAUUUGAAUUAUUUGAUGAUUCUAAUUCUAAUAAGUGUUCUGAUGAUGACAUAGUUAAUUUGUUGCCUAAUGAUCCUUUUGGGAUGGAGAUUAAUCUAUGUUUGCCGGUAGAUCCGUUUGGGAUGGAUUUUCCUGUUGGUGAGCCCAAUGAUACUUUUGAUAUAGAUAUCAAGGUAGAGACUACCAUAGCUGACACUGUUGGUUGGAUGAAGAAAUGCGAGUUGAUGGCUUGUGGGUUCAAGAAUGAUGAUGCUUUUAUCGACAAAAUCAUGGAUGACAGCAUAUCUUUCACGGGAGUGAACUUUGUGCUUUCAGGCAUUUUAAAUUACGAGCAAGAGGAGGGAAACAAUGCAUUGGUUGAUAGUGCUUUGGCAACGCAAUUAGGUGGUGGCGGUGGUGGUUCAUAUGAUGCCGAAAGUCGGAAACUGGAUUAUGGCACGGGGGAGGAGAUAUUGUGCUUUGGCUUUGAGAAGUACCAGUUAGAUGUUACAAACGAUGGUAAUGUAGGUGCUCCACCAAACGCCAUGUUUUUUGCACUUGGUCAUCUCGGUCUUAAAGAUCUACUAUCAGUUGAAAUGGUUUGCAAAUCGCUCCGUGAUUUUGUCCGAGAUGAUACACUUUUAUGGAGAAGUAUUGAUAUAGAAUAUUCAUUGAAGAAUAAGGUCACUAAUGAUAUUCUCUGUCGGUUAACUGACCGGGCACAAGGUAUGCUCAGCAGCUUGAACAUUGAGAGGUGCCCAAAGAUCACAAAUGCUGGUUUAUUUUAUGUGCUCAGAAACAAUCCAGGCUUGACCAAGUUAAGUGUGGCAGCGUGCAACGGACUCAAUGCUAAACAAGUAUUGAGUGACCUGUGGGUGUUUAAUUCCAGUACCGUGCCUGGUAUCAAACGACUCAGAGUUGGCAACCUUUACGGUUUGACAAGCCAGCAACUCGAAGAGUUUAGGCUUUUAUUGGGGAUGGAUGAGGACACGAAUCCCAUGAACCACAAGCCAAUAUAUUUUCGAAUACAGGAGUCCUAUGUUUCUUUGGACGAUGAACGCCCUCUUGACGUUGAAACUUGCCCUCUCUGUCUGGGAAUAAGACAACUUUACGACUGCCCAUCCGAAAGUUGUCAAGCAAAUGCGCACUCUGCAAUGGCAUGCAGGGGCUGCAGUCACUGUAUUAUACGUUGCUUGAAUUGCGGAAGCUGCUUGAAUGAUAAAGAAUACCAGGAGACUUUCUCCUUUGAAUUUAUAUGCAUGGAUUGCUGGGGUACUUUCUUUAAUGUCGACGAUGUGGCUGGAAUGCCACCACCACCGGGGCUUACUUUCUAUUAUCAAAAGGGGACCUUCCAUUUUCUCGUCUUCAGCUAAGAAUGUGAAAGUACGACGACCAAAUCACGAGGCUCUGAAUCAAAUCGAAUCUGACAGCUCAGUGGAUAUUCAAGGUAACAGAUAACAUCGAAAGAUCAAAAAGCAACUCAAAGUCAGCUCAGUGGAGAUAUUCUAGGCAACAGAUAACAUCAAAAGAUCGAAAAGCAACUCAAAGUCAGCUCAGUGGAGAUAUUCUAGGCAACAGAUAACAUCGAAAGAUCGAAAAGCAACUCAAAGUCAGCUCAGUGGAUAUUUAAGGUAACAGAUAACAUCAAAAGAUCGAAAAGCAACUCAAAAGUCAAAACACUUGGUUCCGUAGGUUAUUUGCGCGGGCUUUUGCUUGAAUGCCGGCUGCCUGCCUGCCUGCCUUUCGAUAGUUCUGAGAAAAAGGAAAAACUACACCACCCUAUGCUGGUAAGGGAUAAAUGCUUUAGUCUAAGGUGUCUAUAUUUGGGCUUCAAGGAAGAAGAUAUGAUUAUGAUAUGUUGAGGUGCUGGUAUGAGUUUCAAGUCAAGCCUAGCCUAGCAGCCAUUGUUGGCAAGUGAAAGAUGAUUGUGAAUGCAGUAUGUGACAGUUUACUAGUAGUGAAUGUUGAUGGUGGGUUGGCCGCAAAAACUCAUGUUUAGAUUUCAAUUGAGAGGAAACUUUCAAAAAAGUAGUGUUUGUUUGAUGUUCAUUUCAUGUUUCUUCUUGUUUAUUGUAAUCUCUUUAUGCUUACUCUUUACUAUGAAAA